AUGGGCGAACCUUCGAAAACCUCGAGACUCAAUGUAUACACCGUUGUAUACACUGCAUAUACUCUGUCCGGGCUCAGCUUGAACAGCUUGGCUUUCUUCGUGUGUGAGAAGGGAUCCUUUAUCGGUGGCCUCCAUUCCUUUCCCACUGACGAUACUACCUCGGGACAUCGUCACGAGAGUUAUCAAAAAAUGACCUACGAGCCCACCAGUCCGAGGUUCAAGGGUACCCAUUUGAAAUUGACGGGCACCACACCUCGCGAAACAUACCCUGAACAGUGGAACACUUUGUUGGACAAACUGUUUGCUGAGCAACUGAGCGUGAAACAAAAUAUGGAGGCUACAUCUCGUGAGAGCAAAGAAGAGGGACGUAUGAGUGCACAUUUGAGUUGCUCCCGGGCCCAGAGCAUGUUGAUUCGCCAUGGUAUCUUGAUGCCAGAAGGCGAUGAUAAUGGAUUUGACAGGUUGAAACAGUGA